AUGGAGGCUGCAAUUGUUAUUUUGACUACCGUUUACUGCCUAGCAUCUAUUCUAGUCCUCACUUUGGCGCGACACUCCUCCAUGUUGGCACAUUUGGUUCCGGACAUCGAUACUCUUCAGAAUAUUGCCAUUGAAACACUAGAGCUAUGGAGAAGCUCUGGAUCUAGCAUUGAGCGUGCGCACGAGAUGGCCAUUUCCAUCCGUGCGAAACAGCCGUCUUAUGCUUGA